AUGUUAAAAAUUAUUUUUUUCAUUUUGCUCAUAUUUGCGCGCAUUGAUUCUAUAAGUACAAAAGAGGUAUCUGGGAACGUACAAGAUGGAAAACAGUAUGUGAAAACGGAGAGCCCAACUUAUACCCCAAAGAAAAAAACCAAAGUUAUUUUUUAUAUGCCUGGACAAGAACAGGAAGAAGAGGAAGAUGACCAUGAUCCAAAUGGAAAUAAAAAAAAUGGGAAAUCGAACCUGAGCUCCAAUAAAGGAACACAUUUGGGUUCAGGAACUGAUGCAGGGAAUUCACCAGCAGGAUUUAAUAAAGGAUCCGGAGUGGGAUCCGAAUCAAGACCAGGAUCGAAUAACUAUAGAGGAAAUACCGGUGCCGGGGGAGGGAUAAAUAUUGACAUGACGCAUCAUGGUGAUAACGCUAACAAAGGACAGCAACAAAAUGCUGGGUUCAACAAAAAUCAACAAGACACAUUAAAAGACGAAUAUGAGAAAAUUAGAAAACAAGAAGAAGAAGAGGAAGAAAGGAUAAACAAUCAAAGAAGGGCUGAUAUGAAGAAAACUCAAGGGGGGAAAAAUAAAUUUGGCAAUGAUAAAGGAGUACAGGAUUCUUUACCCAACACGAAAUAUGAACUCUCAGAUCCCCAAUCAGGUCAUACAAAUGCGAAUGCAAAAAAUAGAGGCACUGGGGUUUAUGAUGAGCUAGGAAAUGGGCCUUACAAUUUAAUUGGCAAACAAAGCGAGGGAUUAACUCCUACCGCACCUCCAUAUGAGCAUUAUGAUAAGCAUGAAGGUGGAGGAAAGGGUUACGGGCCGUAUGGUGGAUCUGAUGGGAAGGAAUAUGGACCUUAUGGUGGAUCUGAAGGGAAGGGUUACGGGCCAUAUGGUGGAUCUGAAGGAAAGGGUUAUGGGCCAUUCGGCGGCGCUGACGGAAAGGAAUAUGGACCGUAUGGUGGAUCUGAUGGAAAGGGCACCUGGCCUGAUGGCACAGGUGGUAAUGCGUACCAUGGCGGAUAUGACAAAGAAGGAACGAAGCCAACAUACAAAACACACCUAAAUAUAAACCUUGCUGAUGGUAAAGGAGAUCAUGGUGGAAGAAGUGGCAUAGAAGGAUAUCCAAAUUAUUUUAACAAACACUUCAGACCUGGGGAUGCAAAAGGGUCAGGUACAGAUGGGCAUGAACCGGGAACUUAUGGCGUGCACCAUGGGGGAAAUGGAGUAAAUGGAGUAUAUCCAGGGGGAGGAGACUAUGGAAAAAAUGGUACGCAACCGUAUGGAUAUAAUGGAAGUGGAACUGGUGCACAAAAUGGAUUUGGACCCCACGGGCAUAACGGAGUUGGACCUGCAACCUACGGUGUAGAUUUCGGAAAAAAUGGAGAUGGAAAAGGAAACGGGGGUGGACCAGGCGAAGAAGGGGCAAACAAAACAAACCCUUCAUAUGAUCAAGGAGGCCAUGAAAAAAAUACGGGACCAGAAAGAUAUGAGGGAAACGGAACUCCAUAUUAUGUGGAGCACCCCGAUGAUAAUAACGAAAGCGGAACGACAACUUAUGGGUUAGAUCAGGGGAAAAAUGGUGGCACGCAAGGGGGAACUGGACAAGGUGGAUACGGACAAGGUGAACACGGACAAGGUGGAUACGGAAACGGGGGACACGGACAAGGCGGUUACGGAAACGGAGGACACGAAAAUGGCGGUUACGGAAACGGGGGACACGAAAAUGGCGGUUACGGAAACGGAGGACACGAAAAUGGCGGCUACGGAGGAUACGGACAGGGGCAAAACCACCCGGGAAGUACAAACGACGAGGGGACGCAUCCCAUGCACAAUAAUGUAAAGAACAGUGCCCCAAUCUUAGACUACAUUCAUGGGUUAAGGCCUGUUAAUGCAGGUGACGGACAGGGGAUUUAUGGAGGAAAUGGAAUUAACAACCCAUUGGUAUAUCAUGUGCAGCACGGGGGAAAUGGCCCUAAUAAUAAUAGCGAUAAAGAAUCAAGUGACCAGACCUCUGAUGACGAGAACGACACGCACAAUAGGAUGAGGAACAAAAGAAGGGUGAAAAGGAAACCAGGGGAAAGACAUUCAAGCUCCAAUUCUUCGCAUGAUGGAGAUGUAGAUUCUUACGAUACUGAGUAUGAGUUAGAUGAAGGUGGUGUUAAAAGAUUAAAACCUAAGAAUAAAAGAGGUGCAGUGACGGAGGAAAGUGACGGACAUCCUUACAUAAAAGGAACAAAUGGCAGUGAACAUCCCAGGAUGAAUGACAGCGGAAUGGGAACCUCCGGAACACACAACGCAGGAUCCGGCAACCAUAAUAAUAAAGGUGAAAACGGAUUAACUCCUAUCAUCGUGAGGUAUGGCAACACGCAUGCUAAACAGAGGGCAGACGAAAUUGAGAAAAACUUAAAUAAUGGGGAAUAUUCUAGAAUAAAAAGGGGCAACGGAAAGAAUGGGCACAAAUCAGGGGGAACUGAAUCUGACGGAGAAGAAUCAGAUGUAGAUUCUUCCAACGUCUUCUACGUAGAUAACGGACAAGAUAUGCUAAUUAAGGAGAAAAUGUCCAGAUCGGAAGGAUCAGAUGAAAUGUCAGAGGAAGGACUUAACGUAAAAGACAAAGGAGAAGAAGGGCCUGUAAAUUACCACUUUUCAAAUUACAUGAAUUUAGAUAAAAGAAAUACGCAAAGCUCCAAUGAAAUAGAAUUACAAAAAAUGAUAGGACCUAAAUUUUCGGAAGAGGUAGAUAAAUAUUGCCGUCUUAAUGAACCUUUACAAAAAAAAGGCGAUUUCCUAAACCUUUCCUUUGAGUAUUCCAGAGCCUUGGAAGAAUUAAGAAGCGAAAUGAUUACCGAGUUGCAAAGAAGAAAAUCUGUGGGAUCUAACAAUUACAAUAAUAUACUAAAUGCCAUUUAUAAUUCUGUGAAUAGAAAAAAUACCAACUUCGGCCGAGACGCAUACGAAGAUAAGAAUUUCAUCUCACAGGCUAACUCGUUUAGAGAUGAACAGAUCCAACCGUUAAGUGCAAAGUACAACAAAAUUUUGAGACAAUAUCUUUGUCAUGUAUUUGUGAACAACCCUGGAGUUAAUCAGUUAGAGAGACUAUACUACCAUAACUUGGCCUUAGGGGAACUGAUCCAACCGAUUAGGAAGAAGUAUAGCAAAGAGGCAUCCUCCUCUGUGGGUCUAAACUACGAAAUUUAUAUAGCAGCUUCUUCUAACAUAUAUCUAUUGGGUCACCUGCUGAUGCUGUCCUUAGCUUACCUUUCGUAUAAUCACUAUUUUGUCCAAGGGUUGAAACCUUUUUAUUCUUUAGAAACUAUGCUGAUGGCCAACUCGGAUUACACCUUCUUCAUGUAUAAUGAAGUUUGCAAUGUGUAUUAUCGGCCCAAGAAAAUCUUCAAUAAAGAUAUAACCUUCAUCCCGAUCGAAUCUAGACCUGGUAGACACAGUACCUAUGUAGGAGAAAGGAAAGUAACUUGCGACCUCUUAGAAUUGGUUCUAAAUGCUUAUACUUUGAUAAAUGUGAACGAAAUACAGAAGGUCUUUAACAACAGUGAGGUGUACGGUUAUGAAAACUCCAUCUCGUUUGCGCACAAUGCAGUGAGGAUUUUCUCACAGGUAUGUCCAAGGGAUGAUGCUAAGAAUACCCUGAUCUGCGAAUUUGAAAAGUCCACUCUGUAUAACCCUAAAAUACUGAAAAUGGACGAAGGGGAUAAGGAAAACCAGAGAAGCUUAAAAAGAGCCUUUGAUAUGUUACGAACCUUUGCUGAAAUAGAAAAUUCGUCCUACCAACCAGAGCCCAAUCCUAAUUAUAUAAGCCUCAUUUUUGAGCAGAACUUGUACACGGAUUUUUAUAAGUACCUUUUCUGGUACGAUAGCAGAGAAUUGAUAAAAGUACAAGUUAGAAACUAUGGACGAAGGAAAAAAAGCAAGAAGACCAAAUAUGUCUACGAUGAGUUUGUUAAGAGAGGAAAAGACUUAAAAGAUAAACUGAUCAAAAUGGAUGCCAAGUACAAUGCCAGAAGCAAAGCACUAUUAGUCUUCUACGCCUUGGUUGACAAAUAUGCCAACCUUUUUACGAAAAGCGAAAAUGUUAGAAAGUUCUUCCUAAACGAUGUGUCGUCCAUACGCCAUCAUUUGUACUUAAACAGUGUCCUGUCCAAAUCUGCCAAGUCUAAUUUAGACUCCAUGAAGAAGACGCUAGAAGAACUGCAGUCCUUAACAAACACUCCACUAAAAUUUAUCGUGCGAGGAAAUAAUUUAAAGUUUCUAAAUCAUAUAGCUAGAUUUGAAAACUUAUUCUAUGUGAACUUAUUCAUAAUGUCAUCCCUUUCGAGAAAAGACCCAGUGAAGAGUUACUACAAUGAGAAGAAGAAAAUGCUAACGGCAACCUUGUCUGAAAAGUUUGCAACUUCUACAUCGGCGUUAAUACCACAUAAGCUCAGGAAGCUUGUGGUGACCAUGAAAAAGGGACUCCUCAAAAAGAGAUUGCUAACCGCACUCGCCAAGAUGAAACUGUUGCAACACAUUCCUGCAAAUCUGCUAGAAAACAUAUUGACCACCAUCCGCUUUACCACGCAUACCAUCGCUUCUAGGGAAAUUAUUCAAAACGCACAAUAUAUACCAAGAAAUAGGAAUUUUUAUGAAAACCGAAAUGUGGAGCUAGCCAAACAAAUAUUUACCGAUGGGGGAUUCGCAAAGUAUGCCGACAAUUUGAUGUCCACGUGGUUCACCAAAGGGUUCGAAGAGUAUAAAAGAGAAAAAAUUGAAAAACAAAAAAUGGAAUAUUCAAUUGAGAAGGAAAUAAAGCAGUACAUCAAUAAUGACAGCAGUGCAAGCGAAUUAAUGACGGAGCAGGAAAAAUUAAUACAAGAGCAAAAUGAAUUAUAUGAAGAAAAGGAAAAACAAUGGCAAGAGAGCAAAUUAAUUUUUAACCAAAAUGAUAAGUGGGAUCAUUACAUAAAUAAAGAAUUCGCAAAGGCUUUAGGAAUAUGGCUAGAGCUUUCAAACAGUUUAUAUAACCAGGACACCUUCAUCUACAGAGUUGUCGAAGAUAGUAAGUUCCUACUGGAAAGUAACAUAGAAGACACUAUCAUGUUCUCCAGAACGGUCAAACCAACCAAACAAACAGUGUUUCGAAAAUUUUUCAAAAAAAUUGUUUCCCUUGGAAAUAUGCUCCUGAGAAAACCAAGUUUUAAAGUAGAACAUGCCAUAUGGUUUGGAGCAACCAUCAAUAUGAAAAAGGCAAUGGUGUUACUAGAAAAAGUGGCAGAGUUACAUAAGCUUCUACGUAAUGAGGAUGAAUCCUGGUUGAUUAAUGAAGCCUUCAUCGAAAUUGUUGACCAUGUAGUGCAAAUCAGCACAGACAGGCGUCUGCGUGAACCCUUUAGUGUAGCUAGAAACCCCGGAAUGGUGGCUAUCAAUCCUGCAUAUGCCGCGUUAAAUAGUGAAGAAAGAAUAAAGGAAUUACAAAAUUCCAUGUGCGCUGAUCAUUGUUCUGCUUUGUGGAAAACCAUUUCAACUUUUGCUUUGCAACAUUUGAAGAACCCAGAAGGUUUACAUUCUUAUGAAUCCAAAUUUUCCAAAAACUCAUUUGGAAACAAAAUUGAUGACCAAAAUUUUGUAAACGAUUUUAAAAUGAUCCUUGGAGGAGAUGCUGUCCUGCACUAUUUCGAUGUGUUACUACCCAAGUCUAUGAAGAAAGAAUUGAAGGCCAUGAAAAAUGGAGUCUCCCUAUCUUCGGCCUUCUCUCUCAAAUUAACAAAAAUCAUUUUUAGCGAAUUGCAAUUGCCUUACUUAAGCCAAAUGUUCUACACACAAGCUCCAUAUUUUGGACACUUCAUAGGCAAAUGGCAAAAGGAAAGAGAAAAAAGUAGGAUGAAAGAAAUACUAGGGUUCAUGACUCUCGGUACUUUAUCUGCAUACACUCUACUCAGCGCAAUGGAUAUAACUCAACACGCUACGGACAUCGGAAUGGGACCUGUCACCAGUUGUUACACGUCUACUAUCCCUCCACCUAAACAAGUAUGUAUCCAACAAGCCGUUAAAGCAACUUUAACUAACUCCACGCAAGCUUGCAUGAAGAGUGUUUUCUCCGUUGGGCUGUUCGCAUCCAUUGGACCAUACCUAUUCGCACCCAUGGCCGGUCUAGCAAUAUGGAAUGUUUUAAAAUCAGAAUUUAAAGUUAUUCAAAGAGUUGAUAUGGCGCUGAAGAGUGUCUUUAAAAGCAUGUGGAAGAAAUUUCUGUCAAUAAAGGGAAUUCGCAAACUGAAAUAUAUUUUCAAAAAAAGGAAAAGCAUGAAAAAGAAAAUUAUCGAAAAGGCAGAACACAAAAUGUUGGAAAUGAAAAAUAAUCCCCAAAUGGCUAGGAAUCAUAAACUGGCCGUCCAAAAAAUGCACAAGCAUACGUCGGGAACUUACCACUACAUAUCGUACGCCCGCAUACAGGUGUAG